ACGUGCAGACGCAUCUAGUUAAAAGUCCCUUUUCCAACUAGUAAUCUAGAUGGCAACUAGUCGUGUAUCGCCCGAUUACAGACGAAAUGUAUCUAGAUUUUUCCCAUAGGUGAUAUUUGCUUGGGUAUUCGAAAUGCGACUUAAAUGAGACAUUUUCAGUAUCUUCCCCCCUCCGACUUCAACAUCCUAAAAUAGGUCGCUGUUUUUUUACAGUGUUGAGUUGCAUGAUAAAUCAGCCUGAUUAAAACAUCAUCUUUUUGUCUCGAUAGUCUUUUCUUGCUGAAUAGUAUGCACGAGACCGGUCUGAUUUGUGAACAUGUGCAAUUACAUAAUGUCGAGAUGUUCAAAUAUUCAGAUAUUCAGAUGUUACGAUCUUCAGUUCUUCAGAUAUCUAGAUGCACAGAUCUUUAAGUAUCUUCCUGUUUUCGUUCACGCUGACUACUAUCAGGCAGGGCCUCACUCGCAUCUUUCGUGCUUUUCUACUUUGUCAGAAAAAUACACAUUUUGAAUAAAUGCUAAAAAACCAAGUAUUCGCCUUUUCUUUCGCCAUGAUUGUAUGUCGAUUUGUUUUCUUCAGUUUUGGAGAUCGGUCUGAGUAUCUAAUAAUCUUUCCCAAAAAAAUCAUCAGUUUUUUUUCAAAAAUCAUAAUUUGUGAAAAUCGAAGCCUACUGGUAUGCAUCGAAAGUACUUGUACUUCGAAAUGUUAUAAAGGGUAAAGAGGUUAUUAUUAUUUAUUUUUGACUCUUUUCUAAGCGUCUCCAGGAGUCAUCUAUGGCAAGAAUUUUAAAUUUCGAUUAGAUUAGAACGUUUUUCAUUAGAAUAUCUCCGAUGAAAUUAUCUAUUGGAGUACGUAGUUUUCAGAUCUACUACCGGUCGUCAGGAUAAAGAAAAAUGGCCUAAGCUUUUCUCCACAGGAGGAAACAUGUUAUAUUCACUAUAAAUUCUCGUUUGUGUUUAACAAAACUCACAGUAUAUGAAUUGUCUAGCUUAGAAUCUUAGCUAUCUUAAUCACGCUUUAGAUCUCUUCAAAUGUUUACAUUUAAAAAGAAAAUCGAAACGACCUUAACUUUUAUUAUUGAUAGUAGUCAUAAUCCAACGAAAAAGCUAUAUGUUAAAUAAAAGCUCUCCGUCAUAUCCAGUCAAGUUCACAAUGUAAUAUGUGAUACAAAUCUUUUAAAAAGCUUUCCGAUAAAAUAUUAUUGUUUACAUAGCAAACAUCGUUCAGUGUUUGCUAUAAAUGGUAUUUAAUUUUAGUUCCGUAAAUUUAUUGCUUCAUUAAACUUUGACGGUGGAAAAUAGGCCUUUUAUAGAAUUACAAAACUAUUUAUAAGUUAUUGAUUAGCUCUUGGAUGAAAUAAUCUUUUGAAAAAAGCUUUGGAUGAAAUAAAAAGCCAAUCGUUACUAUAAAUUCCGCGUAGAAUCGCUCGACACUAUAAAAAAUCAUAUUCACUUCAUAGAUGAAGCAGUUAGAAAUUUACCUCAUAGUGAUAAUCAGGAGGCUUUCUAAUGAGAUGAGUUCAAUUACUGUCUUUAUGAAGUAUCUACAUGUUUUAGUGUACACAGUCCUGUUAUAGGAAUUUAUUUUCAGUUUUGUUCUAGGUAUAAAAAUGCACAUGAUCCUAAUCAACAGAUCGCAGAUCCUCCAGCACAAUGCCGUCAACUAAUGCAAAUGCUUGACGCAUUUACCGAACGUGCAAGAGGACAGUUAGCGAAGAUUUCUAAUAAAGAAUUAGCUGAGAAACAAUCAAACAUGAAAGUACCAUUAUUGGGACAAGCAGCUUACCUUCCAAAAAAAAAAAAAACCUUAUUCUCGUUCAAAAAGAAAACCAAGAAUAAACGUUCUGUCGACAAGAUACCAACAUCACUCUUUAAUUCACUUAAUGCAACAGAAAUCAGUACAACAGUUAAAGAUACUCUCAAACACGAACAAAAACUAUUCACAAUACAACACACUGAUCCAGCAAUUUCAACAUCAGCCACGACAACAGCAGGAACCGUUCGAAUUACAGCAGCCAUCAUGAAAAUAGAUCCGAUUUAUCGCAUAAUUAAUAAAACAAUGAUGGAAUUAGGCAAUGAUGAUUUAAAAGAUGAAUUAAAUAAUCAUCAGCGUUUAAUGCAGCAAUUAAAUAUUACAACAGAUUGGAUUUAUCCAACAUUCAUUAAUAGUGGAGAACGCAGUUUAAUUAUAUCAAAACGUACUGAAGUCCAAAAUGUACCAGGUGAUAUUAUUGUAGCUUCAAUAAUGAGCACUUCUAUAACAGUUCGUGAGGAUGAUGUGUUAGAGACUAUUUCACGAUCAAUUGCUAAAUUUUGUCAACAAUAUGAUAUAAUUAAACGAUUAAGAGCAAAUGAAAGAGCAUUUAAAAAAUAUGCACUGCAAUUUGAAACACGACAAGGAAAUCGACUUCGUAUUAAAAACUCGGCACAUCGUAAAACAUUUAUGGAUUUAGAGGAAGCCAUUUAUGAACUGGAAAUUACCUAUAAACAACUGAGAGAAAAUUAUCGUUUCGCAAGGAAUUUUUUGAUGAAUUUAGGUAUGUUAGUACAAUUAUAA